GACAAUCGACGAUAACCUGAAGGAAGGUUGUGAGAAAGCUGCGAUGGCUGGUGCGCGCGACAGUCCCAAACUUGAUAUGGAGCACGGCUUCAUACAAAACAUUAUAAAAAACCAAGUUGAUCGAGACGAGUAUGACAAGGAGCAGAAAGCUUUAAGUCUGCAGAAGAAGAUAAGCGGGCAAUCGCGACCAAAGAAGAGAGCGCCGUUACAGAUGUAUGUACCGCCUCAUUUGAGGGCGAAAGCGGUCGACGUCAAAAACAAACAAGAAAGUGAAUCUUCGUCUAAAGGUAAGAGACACGUUUUUUGUUGCAUAAAAGAGCCUAUGCGUGAGAUCGAUACUGAUAUGUACAGCUGUAGAACGCUCAGGCUAGUUGUGAGCACGGACUCCACGGAGCAGGACCGGAAAAAUGCAUGACAAGUUUUAUAAGCUAAUAGUAUGGCGGGAAAUAUAGUGUUUCACCCGCUUCCUAUCAUCUUACUAUGAACGCAAACGUUUGUUGAGUGCUCCUUGCUUAUUGAAACUGUGGAAUUUAGAAUGAUUUUGAUACGUCGAUGUUUGUGUCAAUGGAUGGGUCGGGAAACAAUAGAAAGGGUAAGAAUGUCAAGUCUCGAAAAUGCCAUAAAAAAUAAACCCAUUUCGAAGUCUCAGGAGACUAAUGUAAUGCUUGUUUCUCAUUUGCUUAAUAUUUUGGUUUAUUUCUCAUAACAAGCUAUGCUGAGCAGUUGCAAAUUUGAUGAUUCACAUCAUUCAUCACAAAAAAUGGAUUGGCCAAUAACACAUCACUGUUUCAAAGUGAUAUUCAAAGCGUGGUAAAAAUAAUAUUUGAAUGAGGCUGAGUAUAUAUAUGCAUGAUGUGAAGAAUUAUGCACCUAUCAAUGUAAACCCCGUGGGGGGGGGGAGGGAAGUGCAGGCAAGGGGUGGGGAUUUGACAAAUUUUAAAAUUUUUUGAUCAAAUUCCCUAGGGUGGGAAACGAAAGGUCAAUCAAAAGCGUCAAAAUAGCCCCCACCCCAGGAGAAAAAAUCUAAACAAACAAUACUAUAAUACUACAUAAAACGAACAAAAGAACAUUUCAAAAGUACGUUCUUACUACUUUUAUUUAAGUUUAACGUAAGCUCUGUUAAGUUACUCGCUGUAAUUAAUUAUUUUCUCUCUCCACUAGCAUCUCUUAUUUUGAACAACAAAAUCACUCUAGGAAGAUUGACCGUGCUAUUAUAAUGUUAAUGAAAUGUAAAAUGCUUUAUAACAUCUGCUCAACAUGUCGGAACAGGUCGGAUCAGUGACCCGUAAAAAAUCCUCUGACUUUCAUGGUGGAAUUCGAUUUCAAUCGAGUUUUACAAUCAGAUGGGAACUUGAAGAGAAAAACUCUCUCAAAAUAGACAUUAUCUGUUUAGAUGACAGUUUAAAGUAUUGGAUUAUGGCGAUUAAAACAAAUGAAAACUUCAUACCUUUCCCCAACAGCGUGACUUUCAGAAAGCCUUGAGGCACGGACUUGGUAACCGCUUCUGAAUUGAUACCAGGCUUCUGUCGGUCAAAGUCAAAUGUUCCGACCCCAGGGUCGCUUCGUACGAUCAAAAGCCCGACAAGGGGAAUAGUCUCAGGCAUCAAAUCCCCUCCCCUUGCCUGCACUCCCCCCCACGGGAUUUACAUUGAUAGGUGCAUUAUGCAUUAUUAUAGUGUGCAAUGGACAGCCAACAAGAAGAACAGGCUCAAAUUACAAUGACUGCAACCGCUUUAUAUCCAACAGGUUCAAGUGGAAUAAGACAUUCUUUAAAACAAUAUGGGGGAAAACAUUUUGUAUUAAACCCACUGACUCCAAGGAAUUUUGCCAAAAAAGGCAUUUUGAAGUUAUUCGGCCCCUCCUCUGUUCACUGUCUGGCUACAGAGAGCUAAAACUUACCACAAAGCUGUUUGCAGGUUGUAUACCUUGCAGCCUUCAGAUGCAGAUGCUAAAUAUUAGCUUGUGAAGUUCAAGCGUGAACAGAAAGCAAAAGUUUUGGGUGACACAAUAGUUUUGGCCUGUACUUUUCCUUUUCUUAUCAGUGAUUUGGAAGUAGCUUAUUAUUAUCAACCACAUUGUAACACGAGUGCAUGGUAAAAGUUCUCUCAACAGAAGACUGGGAAGAUGAUCUCAGAGUACCAAAUACACCUGCAUCCCCUGGAAUUAGGAUGACUCUGGAAUUUGAACGCCAAGAUGGCGAAAUUCGCAAGCUCAACAUUUGUGAGGUAGCUCAUGCAAAUUGCCUUUUUAAGUACUAUGCAUAAUUAGUUCUGAUCUUUCAGAGCUGUGCUCUAGCAAUGCCCACUACGCCAUGCAACGUUUUCUUUGAGCAACAAGAAAAUUCAGGCUUUUGCCACAACAUGUAUGCUGAAACAUUAUUCAAAUCCAAGGGAAAUGGGACUAAAAAAGUCGUGUCAGCAGGGGUGUUUGAGCUCUCUGAGUUUGAUUUACAGAGGUUCUACUGCACAUAUACCUUACUGGUACUUAUUUUUGCGGGUCUUAAAAUUUCCCUUUUUUUGCAAUUCUAAAAAAAUCAUGAAAAUUAAAGACUCGUGAAUAAAAAUUCUUGCAAAAUUUAAACACGUGAAAUUCAAUACCCAGAAAGAAAAUUCAAAUCACAGAAAAGGGUGGUAAACGUGGAAUAAGACAACAUAAACAGGAUAUAUAUCGGCUAGUACACAAGGUCCAUUUAUAAUGAUAUCCUCACCGACAGAAACCUUUUGAAAAAUUUGUUGUUGAUGUUUCUUGGAUAUUAUUUUAUUGUGACCUGCAUAGGGUGUUUUUGGUAAAGCUAUACACAAUUUACUUAAUGUUGUCUCUUUCAGGGAGAAGACCUUCGAAAAGUCAUCAGCAGUUUUGGCAAGGCUAAUGGUCUUGAUGCCAGACUCCGAGAUGCUCUGCUGCAAAGAAUUUCAAAUGCUUUAGAAGGAAGAGCAUCAUGAUUCAGUCUGUAACUGAAUCACAUCUACAGAAAACAGAGUAACUUCAGCUUCUACUUGACAAUUUUGCCAAUUUGGAAAUGAAAAAAAAUACUUAUGGUUGAAACUGGCACAUAACUAUUUAUUUUAGUAUAGAUAUAAGGAACAGCAGGCAACAAUCAAGUGGAAAACUCAGUCGCUGGGUUCAGAUUUUUCAUUGUUUCUGUAACUUGCCAUAACGAGGAUUCAAAAUCUCUCUAAAAUAUUAUAGAAGCUUGAAAGCUCAGGAGGGCCAAAAAAUAUGUGGCAUUUACUUGCAAAUCUCUAUUUUGGAGUAAAUUGUAGCCUCUGUAAUGUCCAUCUUACCCUGGGUGCCAGACCGAAGAGGUCUCGACGGCCGACUAAGCUCCUCGUCAAAUGCGAGAAAAAACCUCUGGUACCCAGGGUAUGUUCAUCUGUAAUUCGUGAACAAAACAAUUUAUGCUCAGAUUUCAAUAACAACAACUGCCACAUCAACAGAAACAGACAUGCGGAUGGUGUCUCUGCAAUCCACACAUCUCUUAGUGAAUUUUCAAGUUUUUAAAUACUCGCAUCUUGUUUAAUAUUCACCUGUUUCACACAAAACUUGAGAAUUUUCCAAACAUUAAUGUACAUUUUAUGACUAUGUGGUCUUGUGUUAUUUAUUUCUUUAAUAUACAGACUCAUACCCAAUUACCCUCCUCUGUUUGAAAUUAGACAAUGGAUUUUUUUUAUUAGGAUGACAAAUAAAGAUCUUAAACAUACAGGGGAAGCUCUCCUAAUGGACACUCUCAUAAAAAAGCUGAUAGCUCUACCUAUGGCACCUUCACAAAACCUCUGUAUUUUACAUGAUUCCCCAGUAGUUGUUAGCGGCCAGCUCCAGUUACAAACACCCUUUUCGCAUUCCCAGAGUGUCCACUCACUGGAGCUUCCACUGCAGUUUGUUGAUAUUUCUUAAGCUAAAAGUAACCAUUGUCUUCAAUGUGUACAUGUUUCAUUUCAAGGCAAAGAAAGUUAUUAUUAUAUUAUUUAUUUACAAAAAUGUUUAUGUAAAGGAUCUGGAUUUUUCAUG